AUGGCAUUGACACGAUCAGUGGCAUUCCGAAAGCUCCUGGCGCUGCCGCCCGAUGUUCGUCGUCGACUCUGGUCUUCAGCGGUAUCCGUUACUCCAGGCAAGCCGGACAUCUACGAUGUUGUCUGCAUCGGCGGCGGACCGGCAGGCUUGUCGUUCGCUUCAGCGUUAAAAGCACAUAGUGCGACACGGGCACUAAAGGUUGCCUUGAUCGAUGCGCAGGAUAUCACGACAUCUCGGACGGGGAAUGAUGGAGAUGCCUACUCUAACAGGUGCUCCUCACUCACACCAGCUUCAUCACGCUUUCUGCGGAAGAUUGGAGCAUGGGACCAUAUAAAUACGGGUCGAGUGCAGCCGUAUCAUGCAAUGGAUGUGUGGGAUGGUGUGAGUGGGAGUAAGAUACACUUUGACCCGAGACGGUAUGAAGCGGGUUCAGACUAUGGCGUGGUUGCCACUAUGUGCGAGAACGGUAACCUCACAGCGGCACUGUUGCAGCGGCUCCAGGCGUUGACUACUGGGGAUGCCGGAGCCGGCAGCGUGUGCGAUAUACUGGACAAAACAAAGGUCGAGUCCAUCGAACUAGGUCCACAGCCCGAAACGGAAGAGACCGUCGACCUCUCUCAGUGGCCAAUUGUAAUGACAUCUCAAGGCCAGCUAGCGGCCAGACUCCUUGUCGGCGCAGACGGAGCCAACAGUCCCGUCCGUCAGUUUGUAGACAUCCCCAGUCAUGGAUGGGAUUACGGCCAGCACGGCGUUGUCGCGACACUAGAGCUCGAACAGACAUUCGCUGCUGAUGAAGUGCGAACGGCAUUUCAGCGCUUCCUGCCGACAGGACCAAUUGCUCUCUUGCCCUUACCCGGUAACAAAGCCAGUCUUGUGUGGUCAACAAGCCCUCAACACGCGGCUAAGCUCAAACAGCUUCCGCCAAAUGACUUUGUGGCGAUGGUGAGUGCGGCCUUCCGGCUCAUGCCUGUGGAUGUCAACUUCAUGCUCUCUCCGGAUAUGGCUGUCACGCCAUCCGAGGAGCUGCGCUGGCGCGAGCCAGCAACAUCGCCUUCAUCGACUGGCCUGCCAUCAACCUUCCCUUGGAUCACUGGCGUACAGGAGGGUAGCAUAGCAUCUUUCCCGCUCCGUAUGCGACAUGCAGAUACGUACACCGGUCACCGCGUCGCGCUGAUUGGCGAUGCUGCACAUACGAUCCAUCCACUGGCUGGACAAGGGCUGAACCUGGGCCUUGCAGACGCAGAAGCGCUUGCGAAUCAGAUCACUUAUGGCAUGGAGCACGGCAUGGAUAUUGGAAGCAGUUGGUGUUUGGACGGCUACAACAGUGAGCGGUGGGCUGCGAACAACGCCAUGUUAGGCGUAGUUGACAAGCUGCAGAAACUGUACAGUGCAAGUGCUGGACCGGUCGUGUGGAGUCGAAGUCUGGGUUUAGAGGCUGUAGAGAGGAUGAGCUGGGUGAAAGGCGCGCUCAUGGGGGUUGCCGCUGGAGCGAAAUAGCAUCCAGAUCCAUUCGCCUUCUCCUUGACAUGGAUGUCAUGCAGCCGUGUCACUUUCGUGUCACAUACUGCGGGACUGGCCGUCUUGGCGCGACAUGAUGCUCGAGUGACGAUCUGUUCCAGAGCGACGAGACAACCACACGCAAAGGUGCUCGUGUACAUAGAGGGUGCGCUACCAACAA